AGAUUAAUGUGGAAAAAAUUAGGGGCAAAUUUUUCAUGGUGAAUAAAUGGUGAUGUGAGUGACGGUGUGAUGAGGUGCGGAGGAGAUGUGGACGCUGUGGCUUCAAGAUGAGAGCUGGCCACUGGCUCAUCUUCCUGGUGGUUAUUGUAACAAGGGUUACUGGAGGCCCGAGGUAUUCUUCCAGGAUUGUGGAGACCAGGACUGGUCCGAUCCGAGGUAUAAUUCUGGAGUUGAACUCGGGCCGACUGGAACCUGUGGAAGCGUUUCUCGGAGUCAAGUACGCCACUGCGAUCCGCUACGGGGCUGCGGAGCCCGUGCCGAGAUGGUCCUCGACCAAAUUGGCCGACUCCCAGCCCCCCGUCUGCCCUCAGGCGAUGCCGGACAUCUCCAACAAAACGGCCGCACUUCAGUUCAUGCCGAAGAAUCGAUACAAUUUCCUCCGGAAGUUGUCGCCUCUCCUGGCCAACCAAACGGAAGACUGUCUACACCUCAACAUUUAUGUUCCUGGAAGCGGUGCUCGAGGGAUGGAAGCCCCAUACGCCGUAAUGGUUUACCUCCACGGGGAGUCCUACGACUGGAACUCCGGCAAUCAUUACGACGGUCGAGUCUUGGCCAGCUUUGGCCACGUAAUUUUCAUAACAGUCAACUACAGAUUAGGAUUAUUAGGUUUUUUAAGAGCUGGCUCUGGAAUAGACAGCCCGUUGGCAACAGACGACAUCAUGGCAGCACUACGUUGGGUCAGGGACAACAUAGCGUUUUUUGGAGGUGACCCUCGCCGUGUUACUUUAAUGGGACAUGAUACGGGAGCAGCACUAGCAAACCUAUUACUUAUCUCGCCUCAAGCAAAAGGGCUCUUCAGCAGAGUGGCACUGCUUUCUGGUAGCAUUCUGAGCCCCUGGGCAGUUGGACAAGAUCCCGUCGGCCUCCGGGAAAAGGUGGGAACAGAGCUUGGCUGCAAGACAGGCCCGAAGGACGAUCUCGCCAAAUGUCUUCGGGCGCGUCCUCUCGCAGCAAUCCUUUCGGUCCGCGUGCCAAGCCCGCGAUUCCUUACCGGAGUCGGUCCUUGGACGAGGUCGGAACCUUCGACUGCAGUUGAAACCUCUGGAGAGCCUUUCUUAAGCUCAAGAGUCCUUCUGGGAACAACCACUACAGAGAGCUACCUCGAUUUCAACAACCAGGAUAUUCAAUACGGCAUUGAGGAGGACCAAAGAAACAGGGUACUUAGAACGUACGUUCGGAAUGCGUACGUGUACCACUUAAACGAAAUAUUCUCAACCGUACGGAACGAGUACACGGACUGGGAGAAGCCGAUUCAGCACCCCAUCAAUAUCAGGGAUUCAACAUUGGAAGCACUUAGCGAUGGGCACACAGUCGCUCCACUCCUAAGGCUGGGAUAUCUGCAUUCAAGGAGAGGAUCACCUACCUACUUUUACCACUUUAACUACCAAACUAAAGAAAGCGACUAUCCACAGAGAUUGGGUAGCGUGAGAGGUGAGGACGUAAACUACCUCCUCGGUCUGCCACUUGUAGGAGGUUAUCCUUAUUUCCCCCAAAAUUAUACCACUCAGGACCAUAAAGUCGCUGAGUCUGUUCUCAACUUCUUUACCAACUUUGCGAAAACUGGGGAUCCAAAUGAGCCAAGAAGGGCUGAAGGUGGAGUGCCGCAUAGCAAGGAAAAAGGAAGACACCGAGGUUUCAACUGGGAACUUUACGAGCCGACAACCCAGCUCUAUCUCAGUUUAUUACCUUCACGUUCGACUACAUUAUUGACUCAUUCGGUAAAGGUGUCUUCACUCGUUAUCGGUACAGGCCUAAUAAAACAGCGUGCACCUUCCUUUUCGGCCUUCUAUGCUCCUAUCUAUCCUUCAUUGAAAUGGUUCGACGAAUUGAGUAGGCCGUUGGAGUCCAUGCACGUCUGACACGUUUUCACAGGACUUCGGGCAGAUUAGUCCUCAAUCCUGCAUCGUUUUUAACUCGGGGCAAUAUACAACUCAAACUUCAACUGCUCGGCUAUUCUACAUUGGAAGAAAUGACUACAUCUGAUAUUCUAUUUCGUUAAAGUUACAGUAUAAGUAACAUUUAAAAUCUACACGAAACGAAAAUGGUCUUAAACAUCUAACAAAAGAAGCUAGGAACGUGAAUCAUAGAAACAAUAUAAACAUUAGAAACAAAUAUAACAACAUUAGACACCUGUCCGACCCUUUGAAGCAGAGAAAAUUGUUUUAAGUA